AAACUGUGUCAGUCUAAAGAAUAAUGAGUUAGAAACCCAGACACAUGGGCUUGAAGGACAGACAGUUGAUUUGCUGACAUUUUCUUCACCAGAAGCACCCAGAAGAGCUGUUAUUUUGAAGAUAAUCAUUUUGUUACAUGUGAGCCUUGAGCCUGGACACUCUACACAUUUCGACAAAAAAGCUGGUGGAGUGUUUUGUCGAAACUACCGGAGAGACCACCACUGUUUGUGUGAGACUGUGGUCAUGUCGGCUGACAGACUGAGCAGCGUGUCAAAGAAAGUGAAGCCAGAGGGCAUGUUGCUGCAUCCUCUGGGUACAGCAGCUGCCCCUGAGCAGGAGCUGCUGUGUAUCUUCGGGACGGGGGACUUCGGGCGCUCUCUGGGCCAGCGUCUGCUCCAGUCGGGCUACAAGGUGGUGUAUGGCAGCCGCAGACCUCACAGCUGUGGCCCCUUGCCUCAGGGAGCUCAGGUGACGAGCCACGAGGCAGCAGCCCAGUCAGCUGGUCUGGUCUUUAUUUGUAUUCACAGAGUACACUAUGACUUCCUGGAGAAACUUGCACCUCAACUCAAGGGGAAGGUGCUGGUGGACGUCAGCAAUAACCUCAAGAAAAAUAUAUACCCAGAGGCCAAUGCUGAGUAUCUGCAGAGGCUGAUCCCUGGAGCUUGUGUGGUGAAGGCUUUUAACACCUUGUCUGCCUGGAGCUUGCAGAAUGGACCCUCAGAUGCCAAUAGACAGGUGUUCCUGUGUGGAAACAGUGCUGAGGGGAAGCAGGCAGUAGCAGAGGUGUCCACCAAGCUGGGCCUCACAGUUCUGGAUAAAGGGUCUCUGUCAGCAGCCAGAGAGCUGGAGGACUUCCCCCUGCAGCUAUUCCCAGAGUGGAGGCUGCCGCUACGCGUGGCCGUCGGCCUCACCGCCUUCUUCUUCUUCUAUCUGCUGAUUCGAGAUGUCAUCUACGCCUAUGUUGAACAGGGAAAAGACAUCUCCUUCAGAAUCAUGGUGUCCCUAGCCAACACGGUGUUUCCUAUUGUGUCUCUCAUCAUGUUGUCUCUGUGUUACCUGCCUGGUGUCAUAGCGGCCUUCCUUCAGCUCUACAGAGGAACCAAGUACAGGCGUUUUCCAGACUGGUUGGAUCGCUGGAUGCUAUGCAGGAAACAACUGGGACUGGUAGCACUUGGCUUUGCUUUCCUACAUGUGCUUUACACUCUCAUCAUCCCCAUACGAUAUUAUGUGAGAUUCAGGAUUGCUGAAAAUACCAUCUCACAGAUCAAGGAGAAUAAAACGUCAGUGUUUGACACCACCUUGGCCUGGCGUGCUGACUCUUACUACUCUAUGGGGAUUCUGGGAUUUGGCCUGUUUAUCCUGUUGGGAAUAACCUCUCUCCCCUCCGUCAGCAAUGCUCUCAGCUGGAAAGAGUUCAGCUUCAUACAGUCCAAGCUGGGAUACCUGACAGUGUUCUUCUGUACCUUUCACACCUACCUCUAUGUGUGGAACAAGUUCCUGAGACCCUCUUCCUACAAAUGGUACACUCCUCCUGCCUACUUGCUAUGUCUUGUGCUGCCUUCUUUGUUGAUCGUGCUCAAGCUGCUGCUCCUCCUGCCCUGCGUGGACCGCAGCCUCAUCCGCAUUCGACAGGGCUGGGAGAGAAAUGAUCCAGAGGACGGCAGUGCCAAUGCACUGCUACCUUAGACUUCAGGUUCAUUGUUACCUUCGCAUUGAAAAUGCGGAAGGUUAUGUUUUGAUCGCCGCGUAUUUAUUUGUAUGCGUGUUAUUCGCCUAACUCAAAAAGUAUUAAACCGAAUCGCAUGAAAUUUGGUGGGAUGAUUGGUUAUUAUCCGGGGACCAUUUGAUUAGAUUUUGGGAUCGAUCGGGUCAAAGGUCAAAGGUCAAGGUCAUGAAAAAGGUCAACAUCUUCUUGAAUCGCAUGGAAUUUGGUGGGAUGAUUGGUUAUUAUCCGGGGACCAUUUGAUUAGAUUUUGGGAUUGAUCGAGUCAAAGGUCAAGGUCAAGGUCAAGGUCAUGAAAAUGUCAAAAUCUUCUUGAAUCGCAUGAAAUUGGGUGGGAUGUUUGGCUAUUAUCCGGGGACCAAUUGAUUAGAUUUUGGGAUAAAUCGGGUCAAAGGUCAAGGUCAUGGAAAGGUCAAAAUCUUCUUUUUACCAUAGCACGGUCAAUUUUUAUCCAAUUGGCAUGCAACUAAUGCCAAAAUGUUCAUAAUGCAAUGCCCAAUCUUGUGAUAUGUGAAGGUAUGCGCUCUACCGAGUGCCCAUUCUAGUUUUUGUCUGAAGUUGUACAUAUUAUGACACAAUGUCACUGUGUAGGGUUAUACCCUGUAACUACAUAAAGACUCAGGCAUUGAAGCAGGCAUACAGCACUAUAACUCUCAGACAGGCCACUUUGUUGCAUUUCACUAAACAUCAGCAACAACCGUAUUUAUACCUCAGAGUUUCUCUUUAACCUUCCUCUCAUGUUUGUUGGAUUGUCUUUGUAACAUUUUUUUUAAUUUUGGGAUAUUUCUUGUUAAUGUUGCUGUAUGUCAAAUUGACCAACUGUUCAAUAAACUUAAGCGUGACUGAAUAUAAUACAA